GACAAAAUAGAAAAUUGCCUAAAAAGUCUAAGUUCUUGAAAAUACAGGGAUAUUGUCAUCAUUAUCAUUAUUAUAUAUAAUAAUUGGGAUCUGGGUCUGUUCACUCUUUUGCUGACCAAGUGUAAAGGUUAAUGCAGUGAUUCAAAGCUGAAAAAGAAGUUUCAUUUGCCUAUCUACAUCGAUCUUUGAAAAAUUCUUCAAGAGUUUAUACCGUUAUGUACAGAUCAUUUGUCACUUGUGAUGAUCCCAAAGGGGUUAUUGAAGGUAAGACAAUUAAAAAAUCCAAGAUUGACCCUCGAAAUAUCGAAGGUCAUAAGGUUGAAAAACAAAAGGAUUCAAAGGAUGUUGCAAAAGACUUGUUGAAAGGAGCUUUUAAUUUACAAGAGUCUUUAGUGAUGCUGGGAAAAUUGCAAGAAGCUUCAGAGUAUAUGACAAAGUUGAGGACCAAAUCCGAACGUGUUGCAGAUCACAGGUAUAAUAAGUUGGAGUUUGAAAAGCCGAGACUUUCUGUUGAUCGUUCUCGCGAUUGUUAUGAUGAGCUAAGGGAAGUAAUAAGAGAUAGCCUUGCUAGGCAAAAUCUGUUGCCACCAUGUUGUGCUUCAGAAAAGGCUCGUAUCGAUAGAAGAAAAGUAGAUGUGUCUCAAGAUUUCCCCUCUACUAGCUUCACUAGCACGAGUGAGUCGUCGAUAGAAAAGGCUCGUGUUGUUGAUGGGAGAAAACUGGUUAUGUCACCCGAGUUCCCGUCCAGUAGCUCAAGCCAAUUUGCUUCUUUUGCCUGUUCUCCAGCCAAGAUUCAAAAGGAGAAGCCGAAAGUGCCAAAUUUGAUUGCAAGGCUAAUGGGACUUGAAGAGAUUCCUUCGACACCCUUGCAUCAGAAACAAUUAGAGAAGGACAAGAUUUUUAAGCAGAGAAGGCCUAUAUUUGAAAUAGAUUUACCAAAAGCAAAGAGGCUGGCCGAGGCAGAUCCAAAACAGAGAACAUUGGACGGAAUAAUUGAAACCAUGCAAUUCAAAGGCCUUUUGAAAUGCAAAUCUAGUGAUGUGAUCUCUCAUCAAUCUAGUGUUUCUCAUUUCAUGAAGAAUUCUGCUGAUGAUGCUCCAUCUAUUGUGAUCAUGAAGCCCAUGUACGCUCCUGAAUUUCAGGCAGAACGGUUUUCUACUUCCAUCGGUGAUGAAAAUCCUUCAGAUACUAAAGAUUCAUUUGGAAAAUGGAACUUAAAUGAAGAGAAUUUACCUGUGAAUUUCACUAUGUACCGAAAAUUGCAUACACGAAAAGUUGAUAAGUCUAGCUUUAGCCGAGAAAAAGGAUCCAACGACCAUCGUGUAGCACCUGCAGGUCAGAAGGCUAUUGAAGUUUCCAUUCAAGGAAAACUUCCUUCUACAAAGAAUAGAGCUUCUUGUGCUGGAAAGAUUAAGCAAACAAAGAAAGAAGUGAUAGAAAAAAGGGUUGAGAGAACUCAACGAGCUCCUGGUGCGAAGAAAUCUGUAGAAAUGAAAAAUGCUGAACUCAAUGACACCACUAAAUCUCAGGGUCAAAGUAAGAGGACCACUGCUAAAGUGAGGAAACCUGAGAAAAAGUCGAAUGCACCAGAAAAAGUUGCUGCAACUUCAAAUAGCAAUAUCUCAAAGAGCAUCACAGCCGUUGCAUCUCAUAACUCCACAAAAAGGAAAAAGAAUGUCAAAACUGACAAGUCAGUCAGGAGUUCCUCCAUUGUUCCUAUGAUGCAGGUUGAGAAUAUGGAACAACAGGAUGACAACAUCCACAUUGUGCACACAGUUCAACGAGACAGUGAUAUAACCAUCACUGAAGUUACAUCCUCAGAAGGGCUUCCCUGUGAAGAAGUGAAAGAAAUCAUUGAAAGUGUUGCCAGUGAUAAUCUUAAGAAUGAUGAAAGUUCCGCUGCUGAAUCUGCCAUGCCAUCUAUCCAGUGUGUCAAUGACAUCCCACUAAUGGAGCACAUUAGCUAUCAAGUCAAUCUAGAUUCAACUGAAAAUGAAAACCUCAAAUCUAGAGCCACUACAAGACACAUACUGUUGAGCAGCGAAUCAUUCCUCAGUCGAGCAGAGGAGCUUUUCGAUACUGAUGCAUGGGAACCGACAUUAUGGCAGACAAUUAGUCUAGACAAUGAAAUUUCUAACAGCAAACUUGUACUGGAAUGUGCAAAUGAAUUGCUAGAAAACAAAAGGUCUCAGCACGCCCUGGAAAUAUCAAAAAACCCCGUUAACGAGUCAAGAGUCUCCAUCUCCUUCGACAAGUUGGUGACUGAAAUAUGUGACUCGAUUGAUGUCUUCAAAAAUUACACUAAGGUUGAUGGAAAUAGCCUUUCAGUCGAUACUCUUUAUGCCUUGCAUGAAAGAGAUAUAUGGUGCAAUGGAAUGGUUAGUACAACAUGGGAUCUUGGUUGGAGAAAUGCAUUUACUUUGGAUGAAGUUGAACAAAUUGUGACCUACAUUGAGAAGCAUCUUUUGAACGGAAUUAUUGACGUUGUAAUUACGGAGUCCACACUAUAGUUAUUGCAUAUAUUCAACGGCGGAUCCACAAUUUGAAAUUUAUGGGCUUUGAUGACCAUUUCUCGAUACAUAUAAAGGAUCAGGGUCAAACCUACUGAGUUUUGCCGAACCCGCAACGUGUAUAUUGUGGCUUUGCCACUGUAUAUAUUCAGAUUGACUUACAUAAUGUGUAAGAAAAAAAAAAAAAAAAAAACUCUUAUAAGUACAAAAUUACAGAAUAACACAAAGCUGAAUGGCUCUAAUAUUAUUGUUGCUGAUUGCUGAAUAGAUCUUCAGGAUUGUACAUUUAUUGCUGACAAAGGAAUACACUGAAGUCAUUUUUUACGUCAUUUAUUUGAUUGCAAAUUCAAAGCUUGAUUCAGUAGAAUAUACAGAACAUUUAUAAACUU